UCUCUCUCCCUCUCUCUCACUCGCUUACUUGCUCCCCUCCCAUCCAUCAACAGAAGCACCUCUCCACUGUCACCAGACAACGAUACAGUCAUUGGCAAUUUUAAUAUUUUAAUAAUUGCUUAUUUUUUCCACCCCUCCCCACUUCUUUUCUUGCACUUUGACACAUUAUUGGCAUGUCUCCAAGCCAUUUUUUCAGGAUGAUGUUUUUUCAAGAGCAUCAAGCGGUGAUGGCUGGCAGUACACCUCUUUGAGUGGGUACAUAUUUCACAGACACCGGCGAAGAGAAGAGACAGAAGGAGAGAGAGAAACCUCCCGACACGACCGACAGAGGGUGGAGGAGGGGGACCAGUGGCGGUAGAAAAUGGCUGCCAUGACAACGGUGCCCAGCUAUGCUCCUUCGCUGUGGGUGAGAGUGUGCCACGCCCUCCCUCGGCUGGACCUCACCAUGCAGAUGAGGGACAAUGCGUUUGUCCCUGACAGCUGGGAAUAUCAGCAGACUCUGCUGGUUUUGUCCAGUCUCUCAGCCAUCGCUCUGGUUGUCUCCCUCUUGGUGGUUCUCUCCUUCCUCAUACACUACUGCUGCUGCCAUCGCGGUGACCGGGGCGAGGGGUCAGAGGAGGAGGAGGAGGAUGAAGACGGGAGCACAGGUCACGGUUACAGUGGCAAGAAGGGGCGGGGCAUCUGCUGUGUCACAUGGGUGGCAGUGGCGUCUGUCACGCUGUGCUGUGUUGCCAUAGGCAUCGGUUUCUAUGGCAACAGCGAGGCUAAUGAUGGGAUGUAUCAGUUGACCUCGUCUCUUCUCACAGCCAAUUAUACGCUAGCUUCCAUCGAUCUGCUGAUUUCAGACACCAUAGCGGGGUUGCAGCUGUCCAUCUCGGGCCCUCUGACCACAAUGGAGGAGCUCUUUACUGGCAGUAAACCCUUCCUGGUAUCCACGCGGAACUGCAGGAGGUUAUCUGACAACGUGAUAAACCUCCUGUCCUCCAUCUCCUUGGCUCAGUUCAGUGUUGACGCAGGGCUGGGUAAUGACAGCAGUGUCAGCGGGGCGUCCAUCAUACCCCUGACCCCAGUCCCGCCCUCUGUGGCUCCUACAGUGGUGCCCACCAGCAGCCUGAUGCCCAACCCCUUCUCACCGGGCUGGGCUGCCAACACACUGAUGGUCAAUGAAGACUACAGGUGGCUGUCAUACGUGAUGCUGCUGCUGCUCGACCUCAUAGUGUGUCUGUUCAUUCUGCUUGGACUGGCCAAGCAAGCCCGCUGGCUGCUCAUCCUGAUGACCGUGCUGGCGUGGAUGGCGCUGUUCCUGAGCUGGGGCUCCCUGGGUUUAGAGACGGCCUCUGUGGUGGCUCUCAGCGACUUCUGCACAGACCCAAACGCGUUUGUCCUCAACUCCACCAACUUCAACACCAGGACCAGUUCAGAUGUGUUGGAUUAUUACCUGACCUGCAGCAGACGCAUGAACAGUCCAUUCCAGCAGGUGCUGACCCAGUCUCAGAGGGCGCUGUCAAACAUCCACUCACACCUCUCCAGCCUGGACAGAAAUGCUCUGCCGCAGUUCCCCAAAGCUGAGAAAUCACUCAGGGAGGUUCAACAGAUGCUCAACUCCACAGAGGGAAACUUCCAUCAGCUGGUGGCUCUGUUGAACUGCCGGGGUCUGAAUAAGGACUACAUUGACUCACUGAAAGGCCUGUGCUACGAUGGCAUGGAGGGAUUGCUCUACCUCUCCCUGUACUCUUUCCUCUCUGCUCUGGCCUUCACUGCCAUCCUCUGCUCUCUGCCUGGUGCCUGGAGGAGCUUCCCCAGUGAGUCAGAGGAGUACGAAGACUCGGACAGCGAGAGUGAGGACCCCUUCACCUCCCAUCAGGCACGUAGACAGACGGCCUCGGGGUCUCAGCGAGGGGCCAUGGCCCCCUUCUAUAAUUACCCGGGGGCCGGGUGGACACCCCCCUUUUCUAGCGCGCCGCCCCUCCCGACUCCAAACGUUUCCUCCAAUGGCAACCCUGGCUAUGAGAGCCUUCCCUUGACUGACAGGCAGUCCCCACCCCCCUCUUACUCUCCCAGCAUGCUGACUGGUUACGGGGGAAGUCAAUCACACCCCAACCCCGCCCAUUCCAGGAACCUGUAUUCACGUUGAUUAUUAUUUUUUUGUUAGGAAAUGUAUAGAAAAAAAAAUUGUUUAGUUUUCAUAUGAAUGGACACUUUACUGAAAUGAACAAGAAACUAAUCUAAAUAAAAUGAAUGCUAGGUGUGAAUUCAAAGUGCGUAACGUCAGUACCACUUAAUAUUAUUAUACUGUUAUUGUUAAAAGCACUUAAAAGAAACGGGUCUCAGUGAGCUGUUGAUUUAACUGACAGUGGUGAUGCUAGUAGAGAUGGCUGUGCUAAGUUAUGAACCAAGUCCCCUUGGUCUGAACUCUUUAUUCCCCUUGUCUGUCCAAACUCUGUGUCAACUGUGAACAGUGGUGCGGCAAGUCAGAAUGGUAUUGACGUUAAUACGUUGUAGUUUUAUAUUCUUAAAUGUAUCAGUACCACCGGUUUAUUUUCAAGUUUUUAUAUAAAUAUUGUUGUAGAAAAACACUGGCACGUAGCAACAUCACACAUUUUUUUUCUGUGGUUAUGCAGUUCUUUCACUUGGUUCUACUUUUUUUUUUAUUAUUAUUACUUUUUAUAGGUGGCAAUUCUGUAUUUUCCUUGUAUUACCUUAUGGUAUUCUAUUCUGUAUAUCUCACUGUCUAUAAUAUCAGAAUAAUCAUGAACCUCUAAAAGAAAAAAAAAUACUGGAGGGCUAUCAUGACCCUGCUGUUAUGAUUGAAUGAAUCCCACAAUCUACCACUACAAAUCCCAUGCAAUGACAGAAGGUACAUAGCAAUAUGAUACUUGCUACUGGUGCUGCAGUAGCCCUACCGUAACUAGCAAUAAUAACAAUGUAUAGCAUUGGGCUUCUGAGAUCUCUCCAAGAUUUUUUGUGUAUAUAUGGUAUGGUACGUUGGAGAUUUCAUUGAAUCCCCCUUCUUUGCCAACUGACCUUGUUAACCCUUGAAUUGAGUUUGUAUGGUUAUCAAUGCUCCUUUUGAAUGGCAUCCUUUUACACUUGAGAGUCUAAUAUAAAUAAAAAUAACUUCAUUAACGUGA